GCUUUGAAUAAUGAAGAUAUCUAAUCUUACUACCAAUCAGCUGGCUGUGGCUUUGGGCUUAUGCAUGCUUCUUCUGAGUUUCUCUUACUCUGCCGAGGCUACUGCUACUGAAAGAUCAAUUACUACUACUGAUGUUGCAGCACCGGCACCAGAAAAUGUUGCUACUUAUUCCGGUUGUUACUACCUAGGGUAUUGUAUAAACGAACCAGAAUGUCGUAAAAAGUGCACACCACUAGGCUAUGAAUGGAGUAGAUGUUGGCCUCCUGCACCUUCUUCGGACAGUGAGGAGCAAAUUGAUCCAAACCGAGAAAUCCCAACUCGAUACCGUUGUUGUUGUUAUAAUCAUUGAUCAUCUCAUAAUUAUUCAAUUGAUUGAUUAACCUGUGCUAUUGUAAUAUUUUCUUGGGGCAUUUUACCUCAAAUUGGCAAAAUAAAA